AUGAGCUGGAAAGUGGCAGUGAGCGGCCACCGCAAGUCUGGGCCACAAGCUGGCAAUGCCAUCUUUUCCUACACCCUGGUUGCCGAGAGCAAGAGCUUCCGAUCCUGGGUCGCUGCGUCCGACUACGCAUUGAAGAAGCAUCUGGAGGACCCACCUUACUAUGACGUUUUCUUCAAUGUCGAUGGCUCUCCGAAGGAGCAGGAGGAACCGACUUCACGGCCAAACAUUGCUGUCGUUGCGCCAGGGGACAAGCAGAUCGAGGCACCUUUGUUUAAUAUUCCGUGCUGGGUGCUGGCGACUGUCGCCAGGUCUUGCCAUGCAGUGGGGAUGUGCGGCAGGAGCGUUGGUUUUCCCUUGCUUCGAUAUUCUGUGAACCCGGGACAUGCCAGGAAAUUGACCCUUCGGAGACCUUGGUCCCCUCGAAGGCUUGGAUCGCAUCGCUGGGAUUGUUUCUGGUUUCGGCAUCCCACGGACAUCUGGUGUAGGGUUAGGGCGGCUAGGGGUUUAGGGUUUCGAGUGGUGUCGUGCAUGAUUGAGUGA